AUGUCCCUAGUUGCUCUGCCAGAGACCGGCAAUUUGUUCUCGCGGACUAACUCGUACAUCGCAGCACCAAUGGCUGCUGCCACUGACAGCGCGCAGCGACGCCCGCUGGCCGACGAGCCCGACGAACCGCCCUCUACCGCUCGCACAGUUCCCAUCAUGACACCCACGAUACAGAUGUCGGCUCCUUCUCCCGGCGACCCGAUGGAGAUCACCACUCCCACGAGCUCUGCUGCCCCUUCGACGACCAAGAGUCCCGGGGCCGACUCCAAUGGGAACAGCGAGCCCUCCAGCAGCUCAACCAAGACCGAAACGCCAUCGGCCGGCACCAUGCCCGCCCCGGCUGCCGCAGCGGCUGCGGUUCACCAGCCCAAGAUUGUGCAGACUGCGUUUAUCCACAAACUCUACAACAUGUUGGAAGACCCGAAUAUUCAACACCUAAUAUCAUGGUCGAGCUCCUCUGAGAGCUUCGUCAUGUCUCCCACGCACGACUUCUCAAAGGUCUUGGCUCAAUAUUUCAAGCACACCAACAUCUCGUCUUUCGUUCGCCAAUUGAACAUGUAUGGCUUUCACAAAGUGAGUGAUGUCUUUGCGAACGGGUCCGAUUCGACCCUGUGGGAAUUCAAGCAUGGCGGCGGCAAUUUCAAGAGAGGCGAUCUUGUCGGCCUGAGAGAGAUCAAGCGCCGAGCAUCUCGCCACACGCCUCUCCAUCGCGACUAUAGCAGCAGCCAGAAGCCGGCCUCCUCACAGCCAGGAACACCAGCCGAACCUAUACCGAUGCCUGAGGGCUCAGAUCCGAGGCUUAUGGCGAUUGAGCGCACCAUGUACGAAAUGAGCAGCAGGUUGCAGCGCAGCGAGGAGAACGCGCAUUACAUGCACAUCAAGCAGCAGACUGUCAUGGACACAGUCACGAGACUGCUGCAUUUCAACCAAGAGCUUUCCAGAACCGUCCUGCAGCUUGUGCCGAACCCCGAGAACCAAAUACACCGUGAUGUUGUCGCAUUACAGGGCGAGAUCCAACGUCAGGCAGAGAUGGUUCGAAGCCUGGACGAGCCCCAUGAUUUCUCCUCGAGCCGCCACUAUCUCGCUGGCAUAGACAACGCGCCGGUCUCCCCACGCCAGUUGGCGCAAGACGAUGCCAGCCGGUCGACCCUGGCGGUGCCGCAGUCACGCGCUCCCAAUUACUAUCGCCCAUCGGUACCCUCCAACCUAUCGCUCACUACUCGAAGGCCCUACGGGUCUAUUGGUGCAGGCUCUACGUCCAAUUCGUCGCCAUCAUCGCUACGAACACAGAUCCCAGCUCCUCCACCAGUACCUCACCCUCUGGCUCAUGUAGAGCCUCCUCCGGGGAGUUUGGCUCGGCGACAUACAUCAGCCGACAUCCGCGCUCAUGGGUGGCAACCCAACCCGUCCCCGUACGGCUCAGGGCCGUCAUCCUCGCAGUGGCCAUCCUCUCCCAACCGUGUGGCGCCUGAAGACCAGCGCCUGAGGGAAUCGCUCUCCACAUACUCCUUACAGAGCGCCUCACAGCCUCACUCCAGACCUGAGACACCCCCUCCGCCCUUUUCCAACGGAAUCAGUGGCUUUGACAGCCUGAGUAAUUGGUCCUGGAACUCUGCGAACCGAGAUCAUCGGCUAGGCCUCAAGGAUAGCUCUGCCCCGCCGACCCGGCGUGGUAGUAUGGCUCACAUUCUCAAUCCAACGGACACUGCCGAAAGAGAGGACGAGGACGAGGAUCUCCGAGGAGAAGACGAUCGCAAACGGAAACGCAUUCAGUAG